AACUCGGCCAUUCGGUCACCAGCUUCCUCCUUCCCACCACAUCUGACCUUAGUUUCUUGCCUCUCAAGUAUUCAAUACCCAUUUGGACUUCUCUCGUGCAUCCUUUCACCUCAUAUUUACCAUUCACUUGGAUUUCAAAGCUCUUCUCUUUCAGUCUCUCUCUCUCUCUGUGCCUCUGUCUCUGCUUUUGUUCUCCUUUCUUUCCUUCCAAAAAUGGCAAAAAGAGCAGUUAGAUACGCUGUGAUAGACGCGUUCACUGAUACUCCUUUUAAGGGGAAUCCGGCUGCCGUGUGUAUCUUGGAAGAUGAACUGGUAGGAGCCGUGGAUGAGGAGUGGAUGCAGUCGGUUGCCAAGGAGUUCAACAUCUCCGAGACCGCAUUCCUCGCUCGCGCCACCUCCAGCGUCGAUUCAAACAGUAAUGGAGCUCCCAACAACCCCCGGUUCAACCUCCGGUGGUUCACCCCGGUCGCCGAGGUUAAACUUUGUGGACAUGGAACAUUAGCUGCUGCACAUUACCUUCUCUCUUCUGGUGUAGUAAAAUGCGACAUAAUUGAGUUUGUCACGAAGUCUGGACUUCUGACAGCCAAGAAAGUUCGACCACCCAUGAAGUUUUCAAACAAUGAAGCAGAGGGACGGUUCUAUAUUGAGCUGGAUUUUCCGAUGGUUCCCGUGGUAGAAUGUGAUUCUGCAGAGAUCCCAUUGAUUCCUGAAACUUUGAAUGGGGCGGCGAUGGUCGAUGUUCGAAAAACAGCUACUGCAAAUGAUCUCAUUGUGGAACUUGCUUCAGGAAAUGAAGUUGCCGGCAUACAUCCAAAGUUUGACGAGUUACAAAAUUGUGCUGGGAGAGGGGUAAUAAUAACAGGAGCUGCUCCAUCUCAAUCUGGAUUUGAUUUUUUCACUCGAUUUUUUUGUCCCAAGCUAGGGGUCAAUGAGGAUCCUGUUUGUGGUAGCGCACAUUGUGCAUUAGCACCCUACUGGAGUAAGAAGCUGGGGAAAAACAAUCUUAUUGCUUACAUGGCUUCUUCGAGGGGUGGAGUAUUGGACCUGCAAUGGGAAGAGGAGACACGACGAGUAAAGAUUCGGGGAGAAGCUGUUACUGUGAUGGCAGGCACUAUAGUGGUCUAGAAUUUUAGGUUUAUUAUAGCAGGACUUGCCACCAGUCCAUUGCUGAAAUUGUUUCCUUGCUUAAACAUAGUUUUGUUGCUUAAACUUGUCUUUAGAUCAUGGAACUGAGAUCUGCCUUACAAAAUAUUUGCCUGAUUUGUCUCAAUUCUUUUCUGCUUGUGUGGAUGGUUAGCUAAA